UUAGGGAGAUGGUUGUGUGUUUUUUUUAGGGGUGUUGCUGUUCAUUGAAUUGUUUCGUGGCGGAGAUCAGCGCCUGCGGAGCCUGUCUGCUCAAAGAGGAUUUAGGCGAGAAGACCCGAGACGGGGAAGCAGGAAGGCAAAAGUGGGGGGUUUUCAUGGAAUAAUAUGCAAAGGAUGAUGACUAGGAAGACAGCCUAGUUUGUGGAUCCUGAAAAGCAGGAUUUUGCAAGCAAGCAAGCUGUGCAAUCAGUGAUUUAUCCUGCUUGUCUUUUUUUAAUAAAAUGUUCUUCUGUUCAAAUUAUAAAAAGGUUUUAUCCUGUUUUUCAAGAUCCUCGAAGGUUUUGUGUUGCUGAUAGAGCUAUAUUGUGUUGUUGUUGUUGUUGUUGUUGUUGUUGUUGUUAUUCCCAGACACCCCAAAUAUCUGAGGGGAGCAGGUCGGGAGUUGCAAACUUGCGAAAGGUGCACUUAUUUAUUGACACCUCACACGUGUGUUUUUGGAACCCACCCAGUUUUCGGCGUCCGAAAUUGGUUUAAACUAUUUUUAAAUCUGGAUUUUAAACAGUUGUAACCUGUCCUGCUACUGAAGGGAUGGCAAUAAGCAGCCACCACCGCAAUAAUCCUAAUAAUAAUAUUUAUUAGUAACAAAUGUUUUCGCUAUUUUUAAUUUAAAAAUUUACUUUUUUGGUAAGCUGCCUUGAGACCUGCCGGUGAAGGGUGGGCAAUAAAUGGGCGAUGUGAAGCUCAAGAGCAGCGGGGACACUUAAUCCAUGGUGCUGCCUAUCAUUCUCCUGCUGCUGACGACACACGCUUCCCUUCCCAACCUAAGAAAGGAAGAACCCGAAAACGCACCAUUUUUAAGGACCAUGCGCCAAGAUGGUGCUUUUUGCAUAUGGUGGUGGAUUUAAACCUGUUCCAAACUGCCUCAUUGAAUUUGGCAAUGCUGAGGGCACCUCAUGGUCAAGAUGGCCUGUUUCUCAUAGAAUCAUAGAAUUGUAGAGUUGGAAGGGACCCAAGGGGUCAUCUAGCCCAACCCCCUGCAAUGCAGGAAUCCUGCCCACAGCCAUCCCUGGGUGGGCUUGAACCAACAGCCUUCUGGUUAACAGCCAGGCAGGCGCACUGACCCAUUGCCCCACCUCUUACCUCUCUUGGGAUCCUUAACCGUUUCAGGUGUCGUUGCCGUUGAUGGACUGGGCCGCUACCUUCCCCGAGGCAGAGGAUGCUCCUUCAGACAGUGCACAGAGGCUCGUGUCCCAGGGAGUCAAGCAAGAGGAUGGCCAAGAUUUGCUGGGAGGAUGCUGGGAAAGGGGAAAUGAAGGUGAACCAGGAGGAGCGUCUACAAAAAUAGAAGACCUAGACGUGGAUGUUAGCACCAGUACUCAAGAUGAAGCAACGAGGCACCAAGGCAGAAAAAUGCCCACCAGAGAUAAGCGCGGGAAUCCCUCCAAUGACAGCAAAGAUGGGGAGGCCCACAAAACCCCAGCCCAUCUAGAUGUGCAGGAGGAAAAGAGAAGGAACAAGUGCCCUGUGUGCGGGAAAAUGUUUUGUUCUAAAUCACGCCUUAAAGUACAUCAGAGAAUCCACACCGAGAAGAGGCCCUAUCAGUGCUUUGAGUGCGGGAAGAGUUUUAGGCAGAGCGGGCAUCUCUCUCAACAUCAGAGGAUGCACACGGGAGAAAAACGGUACAAGUGCUUGGAGUGUGGGAAGAGCUUCAGCCAGAGCACCUACUUUAUCCUGCACAAAAUAACCCACACGGGAGAGAAGCCGUUCACGUGCCUGGAGUGCGGCAAGAGCUUCAGUCACAGCAGGCGGCUCACCAUACAUCGCACGAUCCACACAGGGGAAAGGCCGUACAAGUGCAAGGAGUGCGGGCAGAGCUUCAGCCAGAGCACGCACCUUACAUCUCACCAGAGAAUCCACACCGGGGAGAAGCCGUACAAAUGCCAGGAGUGCGGGAAAUGCUUCAAUCAGAGCACGCACCUCACUUUGCACCGGAGGAUCCACACCGGGGAGAAACCUUACCAGUGUUUGGAGUGUGGGAAGUCCUUCAGCCAGAGGCCGCACCUUACUUUGCACCAGAGAAUCCACACGGAGGAGAAGAUGUACAAAUGCUCAGAGUGCGGAAAGAGCUUCCAUCGAAGCGACCACCUGACUUCGCAUCUGAGAGUGCACACAGGGGAGAAGCCGUACCAGUGCUCACAGUGUGGGAAGAGCUUUAGCCGAAGUGCAAUCCUGACUAAGCAUCAGAUAACCCACAAAGGCAGAGAAACUCCCGUGGGAACAGAGGAAGGCUCCGCCUGAGCAUUUCCUGGGGUCCACUUCCUCCUUGGAAAUUCUAGCCGGUUGUGACGCACUGCCGUUCCAGUUACGAUGCGGCUCCAGAGAGAGGGUUGACAUGUGAUUACAUUGUAUAGCAGCACGAUCCUUGGGUAUCCUGGAUCAAAUGGAAUGUGCUUCAAAUGUCAUUCAUACGCUCUUUACACUAGAGUUGGAGAAUCCCAUAGCUGUCCUCUGGAUCAAGUCCCCUUAAGCCCCAGUCAGUAUGGCUGAUGGUCGGGAAUUACGAGUGUUGUAGCCCAAUAGAAUCAUAGAAUCAUAGAGUUGGAAGAGACCACAAUGGCCAUCCAGUCCAACCCCCUCCCAAGCAGGAAACACCAUCAAAGCAUUCUUGACAUAUGCCUGUCAAGCCUUUGCUUAAAGACCUCCAAAGAAGGAGACUCCACCACACUCCUUGGUAGCAAAUUCCACUGCCAAACAGCUCUGAGGGUUAAUAACUUCCGAAUAACUUCUGAGGGUUCACAGGUAUCCUAUCCUUACUGCAGAUCAGUGGUUCCCAAACUUUUUUCGGGUCAGCGUUUCAGUAAACUUGAAACCCUUUCAAAAGCAUUAUUCAGGAUAGCAGUUUGCACAACUCACUUAAGACAUUAACACAACAAAAUUCCAAACAGCAACAAUUAAAGUGCACGUUGAUUUAAAAUCCAAUUUAAAUGACUUAGUUUAUUUAACAAACCGGUGAACUUGAUCUGUUUUGUUGUAGGUUUUUAAACAGGUUGAGUGGUUUUCUGUCGUGGUUGCUUUAGCUGUGAUUCCUGCACUGCAGGGGGUUGGGCUAGAUGACCCCUGGGGGUACCUUCCAAUUCUCCUGUUGCCUCUUAGCCCCCAGCUGGGAAAUCCCACUCACCCCAGGGGGUGGUACUACCCAUUUUGGGAACCACUGAUCUCGAUUAAAGAACUCAACAUACCGUAGGUGGAAAAUCCUGUAAAAUGAAAAUUGUAUUGCUCACAUAGCACAUUCCCAGCCACGUUCUUUAUUAGCCUUUUUCAGCCUAGUGCCCUCCAAAUAAUUCAGACUAUUUUGCUGUCUCUUUCUCUGCAAAAAGUCACCUGGAGUUUGAGGGAUCCUUUCCUCUCUGCCCCAGAUGGUAGCUUCUAUUUAAACAAAAAACCAAAACCAAAGGGGUUUGUCGAUAAGCAGCUAGGGUACUUCUUUCAAGUAGAUGGGCUGGUGGAAGUAUGUAAAAUGUAUAAAAUUGCCUUAUUUCAUCCUUUCUUUGUCAAAUCAUUCCAGUUUUAUUAGUUUCAGACUAAGACCUGAGAGACCUGGGCUCAGAUCCCCACUUAGCCAAGAAAGGGAGGCAAAUAUUGGCAGCCUACCUCCCGGGGUUGUUGUUACGAAUAACACGAUCACAGUCGUUCAAGACCAGGCAUAGGCAAACUCGGCCCUCCAGAUAUUUUGAGACUACAAUUCCCAUCAUCCCUGACCACUGGUCCUCUUGGCUAGGGAUUAUGGGAGUUGUAGUCCCAAAACAUCUGGAGGGCCGAGUUUGCCUAUGCCUGUUCAAGACCCUGGAAGGCAGGUCUUGUCUUGUAUAUUCUUCGAAUGAAUUUUUAAAAGAACGAGGAAGCAAAUCCUGCUAUUUGUUUUUAUCCAUUUGUACAUCGUUGGUGAUAUUAAUAAAGAAACGAGCCUGUCUUGGGUAGUAAAAUGCAUGACUGAAAGCUACUCUGGAAAGCUUGGAGUGGGGGGAAGAGAACUGUUACCAUGGGAUAGGAUGGGGGAAAUGGCCCUUGCCUUGUGCAACCGGCUUCCUGUAUUUGCAACAGGAUGGUCGUUAUCAUACACUUCUAGUCCCAGGGAACAUUUAUUCAGGAGAGAAGUGAAGUUACAGGGAGAGCCUUCUCAGCUGUGGCACCCUCCCUGUGGAACGCCCUCCCAUCAGAUGUCAAAUAAACAACUACAUAUCUGACUUUAAGAAGACAUCUGAAGGCAGCCCUGUUUAGGGAAGUUUUUAAUGUUUGAGAUUUUAUUACGUUUUUAUAUUUUGAUGGAAGCUGCCCAGAGUGGCUGGAGAAACCCAGACAGAUGGGUGGGGUAUCAAUAAUGAAAUUAUUAUUAUUAUUAUUAUUAUUAUUAUUAUUAUUAUUAUUAUUAUGCCACACAGGUGCGUCUGUCAAGGUGGCUGGCACACACACAUUCACAGAAGGACGAGUUCAUUGCCCCAUCAGCCUUCUGAUCAAUCCUAGGUAACUUGGGCAAGCCACAAAGGGUAAAGUUCAAUUCACAGUACAGCCACACACACCAACUGAUACAACAAAAUACAAAUACAACAUUUAACAGUAAGUCAGAAAGUGAGAAAAGCCUGCGGGAGGUCAAUGGUCCAUCAAGUUCAGUUUCCUGUUCUCAAGGUGUCCAAGCAGAUGACUCAAUUCCGCUGGUCUCUGCGCUGUUCCAUAAAAUAAAAAAGGUAAAGGGACCCCUGACCAUUAGGUCCAGUUGUGACCGACUCUGGGGUUGCAGUGCUCAUCUCGUGUUAUUAGCCGAGGGAGCCAGCGUACAGCUUCCAGAGCAGCACACGGAAACGCCGUUUACCUUCCCGCUUUACCUUACCUAUUUAUCUACUUGCACUUUGACAUGCUUUCGAACUGCUAGGUUGGCAGGAGCCAAACACAUUAAAAAUACAUUAAAAACACCUGGCCUACAGCUCUCCUCAGGCUGUACUACAGUCAAACCUCAGUUAUCAAACAUACUCUGUUCUGGAAGCCCAUUCAGCUUCCGAAACGUUUGACAACUGAGGCGCGGCUUCUGAUUGGUUGCAGGAGCUUCCUGCGCUCAAGCGGAAGCUGCAUUGGAUGUUCGGCUUCGGAAAAACGUUCGAAAACAGGGAGCAUUUGCUUCCGGGUUUUCGGCGUUCAGGAGCUGAAACGUUUGGAAAUGGAGCUGUUCGAGAACCGAGGUUUGACUGUAUUUAGCUGCAUUUUAUUCAUUCAACAAAUGUUGUGUAUCACUUGACUGCAAAUGAAACCUCAGCAGUUUACAAAGCAGAUGAAAAAUGUCUGUAGAAACCAAUGUAAGUAACAAGUUUAUAUAAAAAGGUGAAGAACCAGGAGUUUAAAAAGUAUACGUUCUAAACUAGUAUUCCAGAUUAAAACACACAUCAAUUUCACAUGUCCAGGUAGGAUUCCCUAAACAGAAAAGAUUUUAGCAGGUGCUGAAAAGGCACCUGCCUAAUGUCAAUGAGCAGGGAAUUCCGAAGUGUAAAAGCUGUCACACCAAAAGUGUAGAAUGAGCAUUAUUCUCAGCCCACCUUAAAAAAAAAAAACUACGCUUCCCAGGAUUCUUUGCAGGAAGCCAUGAC